CAGCCCACCCAGUGCCACCUUGCUCAGUCCGGUCCCUUUCCCCGCCGGCACAAGAGCAUCUCCGCGGGGUCGGCCACCUACGAACUCCUUACUCGAAGUCCUCACUGAGAGAAAACUUGAGAUUCUGACUAACGAGUGUAGACCUUUGCGAAAACGAGUUAAUAUGCGAGAGACGGCCUCCACUACCACCCAUCACACCUCUUCCUCCUCUUCUCUCUUCUCUCCUUCCUCCUCUUUCUCCUCCUCCUCCUCCAUAUUCUCCUCUUCGUCCUCCUCCACCUCUUCAUCUCCCGAAUUUCUGCUGUCUCCUGUGCAAGCCGCUGCGCCCCACGACCUCCGCUUGUUGACUUUAAUGUGUAUUCUGCUAGAUAUAUAAAGUGAUAGCAGUGGGAAGGCUUUUGUUAAGUAAGAUAUAUGUUUUUUUGAGUGACUAGCGGACAACGUGAGGCCUUCAAGUAACGUACGAUCUUUGUCCUUGGUUGAUACUUCUCUUUCCCUUCCUCCUUCUCUUUACUUCCCUCUCCCUCUCUCCUUGUCGAAUUGCACCUCCUCAGCCUCCUCUUCCUCUUUCUGGUCGGAGUAUCUAAUCGCGUCUCUGUAGCUACGAUCUAAAACAACUCCCAGGAUGAAUAGUAAUCGGAUGGUGGUGGCCCAGCGGGGGGUCAUCCCUCCUCCGAAGCACUAUGCCGACGCCGCCUGGUUCAAGUACAUCCUCUCCUGCUGUGCGGCCACCACGGCAGAAAUGGUGACCUACCCUCUGGACCUGACCAAGACCCGGCUGCAGAUACAGGGGGAGAAGGGACUCAAUGGACAGCGGACGGUGAGUCUCGCGCAAGAUAAACUCUCAUAUAUGCCAUACCGAGGGUUGGCGAGGACAGGCGUGGGCAUCGUGCAGGAGGAGGGGCUGCUCAAGCUGUGGCAGGGGGUCACACCUGCUGUGUACAGACACCUGAUCUACUCAGGUACACGCAUGGUGCUGUACGAGAAGGUUCGCGACCACCUGUUCACCACAAGGGCUGACGGGACGAGGCCAGUCUGGCAGGCCAUAGUGGGGGGCAUCCUGGUGGGCGGUGUGGCACAGUUCCUGGCCUCCCCUGCAGAUCUGAUCAAGGUGCAGAUGCAGAUGGAAGGAAGGAGACGGUUUGAAGGAAAGCCGCCCAGAAUCCACAGUGCAAGCGAGGCGUUCAUCAAGAUCUACGGGGCCGGGGGGCUGCGGGGGCUGUGGAAGGGGUGCAUGCCCAAUGUGUACCGGUCAGCCUUCGUCAACCUGGGCGACCUCACCACCUACGACUCGGUUAAGAGGUACUUCAUGGGCACCUGGAGGCUCUCUGAUAGCUACUGGACCCACGCGCUCUCAAGUGCUUGUUCAGGCCUGGUUUCGGCAGUACUCGGCUGUCCCGCUGAUGUGGUCAAGGCCAGGAUCAUGAACCAGCCGACCAACGGGAAGGCAAGGGGUCUGCUGUACAAGAACUCGCUGGACUGCCUGGUGAAGACGGUGCACAACGAAGGCUUCUGGGCGCUGUACAAGGGCUUCAUCCCCUGCUGGCUGCGCAUGGGGCCCUGGUCCCUCACCUUCUGGCUCACCUACGAGCAGAUCAGGAACCUCUGCGGCACCUCAGCCUUCUAGAUGACCAGGUGAGGUGUGUUGGAGAGCUCAUCAUGGCAACAGUAGCAGAAGGUUCCUCAGGGCUUGGUUUGUCCCUCCUCCCUACCUUGAGUGCUGUAUGGUAGGACGAGGAUGGUGUUGGCUCCUGUGUCUGACGGCUUCGCUCCCGGUACGCUGCAGCAGGCCGAGGGAGGUGUUGGUAGAGGAGGCGGUCGUGGCGAGGCAGCGGUGUCGGGGAGCCAAAGCCACGAUCGACCGUUGCUUGUUUCCGCAUACAAGGUCUUUGCUCAUGGUAUCUCCGCCUUGCUUUGGACAUUAUGGUUUUGCAGUCCAGGUCAUUAUUUUUACCAUUGCAUUAUUAUUCGAACUUGUGAUCAUUAUUAUUAUUAUUAUUAUGUAUACAGACACGCAUCACUUGCCAUGGUGUAGUGAGCGAGUCUCCAUUUCUUCCUUCCGAUUCGUCUUUUUCUCCGACAAAAUUAAUUACUUGGGUCGUUUCACUUCUUUUCUUGGCAUUACUCAAGUGACUUAUUGACAUUUUUAGCUUCGGUGAGGCUUAUCUGACUCAAGGAUAAUGUUUUUCUUUGCUGAUGGUUUUGUUUGCCACCCCAGUUCCUUUGUUUACCUAUGAUUUGUUUUUCUCUGUUUAUGUUUACCACUCCAGCCAGUUCCUUGGUUUAUCUCUUCAUUCAGUUUUAUAUCAGUGCUCUUGACAUAAGCAGUGGACCACAGCUGUACCUCCAAACUCACAAACAGAAUACGAAACUGCGCGUGUGUGUGUGUGUGUGUGUGCGUGUGAUGACAUUUUUCACACAUGGCUCUAGAUUUUUAACUUGCAUUGACCCAACCUAUAGAAGGCAUUAUAGGUGACCCUAGACCCAUAACUAUGAUACCAAGGGUUAUGUGUAGUCUUGCCAACCGACGCUCAGGCUUGUAAUGCUACCUAGUGUGUGCGUGCGUGUGUGUGUGUGUAUGUGUGAGCGUUCUGUAUAUUGAAGGUGUUACCAUAUCAGGUGUUUCUGUGUCAAGGUCAAUGAUGAAAAUACAGUAUCCUCAUAUGUAUACAAACAGGCUGGUGCAGGGACAUGGUGGCAGCCCCUCAGAUAUUCAUGUACAUAGCCACUAUAUACUCCGUGACCGCUGCCCUCAUAGUCCGUGCACCACCCUGUAAUGAUGAUACGUUAGGCGUCACCAUCGACGGAAUAUAAGCGUGUGUUGUUGUGAUGCUGUGAUGGAAGGGACGUUGAUGCGGAAGAGAUUAGCGUGACACUUACACAAAGGUGACAAUACAUGCAAUUUUUGACCAACAGUAUGGACUGACCUUUCCCAAAACUCAUUGUGAAUCAGUAACUCUUUUGUGCAGUGAGUUACAUAGGGAGGAACAAAGUGGGGGAUGAACUGGUGAGUUGUCCCCCUCUUCCCUCUCUCCUCUCCUGACCCGCUCCUCUCCCACGUGACUCACCUUGUGGAAAAGAGCUACCGAGUCACAGUGAGUUUAGAGUCAGACUGAUUUAUUUUUUGCAAGCUGCUAAUACAAACACGUUAUAAGGACACAACACAGCCUACACUCUUCCAUAGAUUCGGGUAAAGUUCACAGUAUUUUUUUUUUCAUAUACAUACUUCUGCAAAUUUUCCAACUCAACUCCAUAACCCUGUCACUGUUUCCUUCCCAUCACAGCAGCACAGCCUGGCUACAGUGCCCCCUGGCCAGCCUCCCUGUGGUGGUGUGAAGAUCCCCAGGAUGGCAGCCUGGGGGUGCUGCUAUAAUUUGACUGUAUCAGUCUAUAAACAUUGAAUAAUGUGUGGGAGCUCAUUCAGUCUAUCAGGGUGGAAUGGGUGAAGGAAAAGGUCAUGCUGGGAAAUCAGUGCGACCACUCACUCAUGGGCCUGUUCCCGGUGGUGGGGUGUAGGUGCCAAUUACACCAGAAUUCUGAUAUUUUCUUAUCUUCGAGGGGCAGAGGGGUGACUGACCUAUUUUUCCAUGACAAUUUGCAAAGGGAAUUUGACAUUGAUUGCCAUAGAAAUUUAACAUAAUAUUAAAGUCAUGUCCUUGUAAUAUGACUUGCACAUACCUGGGAAUCAUGAAACUUACCAUGUUGUAAGAUAAAAACUCUCACUACGUAAAUGAUUAUUCUGCAAGUAAGUAUGAACAGUAUGGCAAAGGACCUGCGAUAUUAUCACCAAUCCAGGCUUUUAAUAAUAGCCAGCACCCUCUGCCCCUUGAAGUAAAGAGAAAACUAGAAUUCUGGUGCUAAGAGGCAUCCACACGCCUAACUGUGAACAGGCCAAUUCACCCUGUCCCUUAGUGUAGUAAGUAGGUUAAGUAUUAUUAUACAUUGUACGAGUGUGGGAACGGGCAAGUGCUAUGAAAAAUUAUAGUUAUUGCUGUUUUUAUCAACUAAUAAGCAUUUGUGUGUGUGUGCGUGCGCAUGUGUGUGUGUGUGUGUGUGUGUGUGUGUGUGCAUGUGUGUGUGUGUGUGUGUGUGUGUGUGUGCGUACAUGUGUGUGUGUGUGUGUGUGUGUGUGUGUUGAGAGAAAAGUAAACACUAUUUAUUUAUCUUGCCCCAACAAACACCCUCCCACCUCGAGGUGCUAAGGCUGGAAAGUCAGCAUAUGCACCACGUUGAUCAGACCACUGUUCUCUCUCUACCUCGGUGCUGUGUGUGUAGCAGGGUCGCGGGGAGGCAGAUUGUCAAGCCUGGACGAUGCGACACACUGAUGGCAGUAAACACGGCAACACACGGGAAAAGAAAGAUGGAUGCCCAAACGAUUAGUCAGAGUAAGAUUUUUUUUUGGUGGGCAAAUUAGACGAUGCAACAAAGUGUUUGGGGGAACCUAAAAGAAUUUGCAUCUUAGAGAGAGAGAGAGAGAGAGAGAGAGAGAGAGAGAGAGAGAGAGAGAGAGAGAGAGAGUAAUAGAAUUUAAAACAUCUCUAAUAAUAUCAUUUCACUAUUGAGAAAGAUAUAAGGAAAAGGAAAAGCAGUCUUCGAUUACAGUGACAAAAAGUAUAACAAUAUGAUUUGGUUUGGGUUCAGAGAUAAUAGCACUGAUAAAACCUCAGUUCCUUCCUAUGUACAGCCACAUUUCAGAGUAUUGGAGCCUCAUAAACACUGGCAGAGAUCUCAUUAGUCUAUAAAUGCUUGUAAGACUUAAGAGUAGCAGUCCUUUCAAGGGCAGAAAAAAGUUGUGAACUGCUUUGAACAUUGAGUGGAAUUCAACUCAACUCACAAGUCUCUCAGAGAUUCAAGUCCACAAAGGCACUUUACUUCACAGUGGAAUAGAGCUUAUUUGUCAGUCUGUUCAAGCUAUUCCAGUCAGUUCUCGUAUCAAGAAAAAACUUCUUUGUGAAACUAAGCCGAUAUUAAAAUAAGCUCUUAUCAGAAUUAAGAUGUUGAUCAGUCUCUAUUUUGACAUUGUUUUCAUAUUUCAUCUUAUUUUUCCUUCCUGAUAUGAGUACCAGUUGGAAUAGUUUUUACAAGUAAAGUCUGAUUUACAUAUCAGUUUUGGCUCUUGACAGGCAGCCGCCAUCUUUGAUGCCGUCAAGAUCUUAUGUGCACCCUAAGGUAAUAGUUCACACCCUGCCGGUUGCAUGGCUGUCAGCUGACCAAUAUGUCUCAGAUUUCUUCUUGGGAAACCAUGACUUGUUUGAUGGUAGGUUAACAGCACCAGUCAGGUGAUGAGUUGUUUGAACCAAGACCUGUACAGGACCAGGAUUGGGAAUGAGUCAUGUCAAUACACAACCAUUUGAUGGCAUCAAGCCAGUGAACAAUUUGUUGGAACCAAAGCAGGUCAUUUGAAUCAGCCUUUAGUGAACAUACUGCAUAAGAAUUAAGGAAAUUCUGCUUUUGUCUGCCAUUAUGCAUGUCUCCUACAUCAGGUCAGUCCCCUUGGGGUGUGGCAGGUGAUGGUUGGCUCACCUUGGGGCAGUGUUGAGACAAUGGCUGCUUGUGAUACUUGACCCAAACAAUGCAAGAUGAUGGUCAGUGGCGGUGACGACCAUCACUGUAACGCUGAGCAGACAGACACCUCAUAUAAUGUUUUGGUUCAUCUAAAUGAUUAUCAAUUACUAUAUUUUACAGAUUGCCUUUCCUCUCUAUAUCUCACAUGUUAAUGUCUGUGCAUGUACAUAAUAGUACUAUAUCCCCUUCUGUAUAUAUUGCUUGUACUAGGUAUAGGUAUGAAUGUGUGAGUGGCAUAUGUACAGGGGAGUGAUGUGUAGGUUUUCAUAGUGGCAUAUCAUUUUGUGAUUUGACACCAGUGCUGACGUAAUCCUUUCAUUUACGUAGGUCAGUGUAGAGGCCACGUGUCCCUCACCAUCCACCGGCUCACCCACACUCAACGUUCCUCAGAGACGGGACAGCCUGAGUGCAUGUGUCCGUGGGUGGUGAGGUGUGGCUGAACCCGGGGAUGGCAGGCAACACCGUCUUGUUACUCCUGAUUUCAGUACACGUUACAAAAAAACAUCCAGGCAAGUUAGGCAAGAGAAAAAUAAGACUCCCCUGCAACAAUGUCAGAAUGAUAAUAAUCCUGACAUGCAUCUUCACUUCUCCAUGACUCACUAAUUACAGGUUUUAGUGCCCUUGUGAAUGAAUGUUGUCACUUACACACUUGCUAAUGAAAUAAGAAUUUAUCUGUUGCAUGCAGCUGAAAAGUCAUCAUGAACUCGAGUCUUAGAUUGAAGCUCUGUCAUAUGGUAAUCUUUUGGUAGACCUUAAUUGAUUUGGCAUCUGCAAAGAGAAAAAAUUAGUGAACAUAGAACCUUGUGCUUCCUGUGAUGAGAGAAAAGACAGCAGAGAUCACCAUGAUGGAAAAGAGGACAACAAAAUUGCCAUUGUAGCUUGCAAAGAAGAUAGGCAAAUACUCCAAGAAUUAAAGAAAAGUUCAUGUCCAUAGAUGUACAUAGGUAGUAGGUGAGAGAAUUCAUCUGGUUAGAAAGGGAAAGACCCUUAGAGAAUGACUGAAGGAAAAAAGUAACAACAUUAUGGGAGGAAAGGAAAAUACCACCACACAAAGGUGAAAAUCAAUAACCCGAAAGUAAGCAAAUUGAGAACAUUUUUAGGAAGGAACCAAAUAAAAUAAAAAAAGUACAAACCAGGAAGUGAGAGCUGAUGCAUGUAGAUGAGCAGCGAGUGAAAGUGAGUGAGUGAGAGUGAGGAGAGUCGCGUGCCGGAGGGAGCUUGAACACAGCCCCUGCGAGGCACCUUGUAUAAAGCCUUCACUAGCCUGAGGUUACCAGCCAAAGGUUACGAGCUUCCCAAGGGAAAAUCUUUAGACCAAAUCAGGACAAACUAUUUUUUUACUUUUUUACUGUGAAAAACAGCACUUCCACUUGACCUCUGCUGACCCUCUGGUGACCAAGUUGACGUUUUCGUUGAGCCAACUCAAGUAAAAGCUUCACGGUGUCAGGCAAGAUCGCACUAUUUUUGCAUUGUCGAUACCUUGUGUUGUAGUGAAAGCCGCAGUAACAUUGUAGAAAAUACAACUCAUGUUAGUCUCGUUGUUGAUGCAUGACAUGUUGCACAGACUUCUGGAUGAUGUACACACCGAUUGUUGUGAUAAUGGGGUAAUUGAUGUAGUUGUGAGUUGAUGGUACACACACUUACUUCUUGAAGGUCUUCUCCAGCUCUUCCUCAGCUGGGAGUGAUCAGUGAUGUGUCAGUGGCCAUCACUAGGACAAUAAUGCAGUCAUCGUCAACACAGCAACUUAAUACCAAUCACCUCAUUAUCGCUACACAAAUGCUGAUCCAUGUUGCAGGUCUUAGCAGUGUUAGUGGAGAGGAGUAGGAGGAUAGUCAUUACCGAGAGACCAGUGUUGUAAAUGUAUUCAGAUCAUGUAUAAUGUGGUAAAUGUGCCUGUUUUAUGUGGCCAGUUUUGCUUCUGCCUGAAAGUUGACGAAGCCCCAGUUUUGAAUUGAUUUCUAGAGUCGGUGUGGGCUUCUCUGUACCUCUGAUGAGUGAUAUAGGACCUAGAAUGAGAAUGUAUUAGUGACUAACCAAACUUGUAAAUAGGCAUUGAGGUGUUAGAAUGUGAAGCAUGUAAACUCCCAAACAUGUCAUACUAACCAGUGUAGAGGGAGUUACAGCAAAUUGUUUAGUGCAGCGUUUUAUGCUGUGACGUUUGGUGAGGGAGCAUCGAGUUUACUUGUAAAUGUGCAAAACGAGACCUUGUUACCUCAGAAGUCUGAAGGAGAUAAACUUCAUCCCACACUGUUUACAGGAACGUCUGUAAGUGGUGCCAAACAAUGAACAGUGCAACAUAUUUUGGUGAUCAUUUGCUGCGGCGUCAUUAUGUAACUGAACGGCCAGCACACUCUUGUUGCUGCAUCAUUAUUCAUUGCAAAGUGAAGCAAUAUACAGAAAGGGAAACAAUAAGGUAGUUCAGAAAAGUAUCAGCAGUAGUGUCUUUGGCAAAAUGAUUUGAAUGCGAAGUUACUGAGGCUCACCACAACAUUCCUGGGCUGCAUCCUUCCUCUCCCCCCCACAGUCUGCCUACCUAAGGCUCUCUGAUGCUGACCCAGGAACUGUCGGCCACUAACGAGCAACCAGAUACAAGCUUAGUCAUCGCCGCUGCUGCUGCCAAGAUGUAAAAUAUGGACUGCCUGGGACCUGAGCACAGGGACGAUGGGAUCUCGGCUACAGGAAAAGACAUAAUGAUUCUUCCAGAUUAGCAUUUGUAGCGACGCACACCUCCUACAAUGGUGGAAAAUAUUUUCUAUAAAGUGAUCAAUGCGGAAAAUUGGCCUUACAAACCACUACCACUUACUUUUUUUUAUUAUUAUUAUUAUUAUUAUUAUUUUUUUUUUUUAAGCAGAAAGGUACGAUUACAUUGACAGUGAAGGUGAAAUGUGCUUUAUACAGUUCCAUUGAUAGUUGUAUAAAGGCUGCGACACAAGACCAGACAGCCUCCUCCCCCCCUGCCCUCCCCACACAGCAACAGACUGACCUCGGGGGGGGGAGCAGUGGAGGGCAUGAACCUAUCUGGGUACAAGUGCCAAUAAGAAAAUUUUCCUGUGGGUUUUUCACUGCAUUUAAAAUAUACUACUAUGAUGAUACACUCAGUGGACAAAAAGUGUGACAGCUGAUAUAAUUAUUUACUCCAUAAACAGAAUAUUAAUGUUGAUGGUAACUGUAUUUUAGUACCUUGCAAGUUUUAGACAAUAAAUAUUUUUGUGUAAGUCUG